GGGCUGCUCGUGUGAUGACGCUUCGGUCUCCUGCCGGAGAUUUUGCCUUUAAAUGUCUUCACUGAGCCUCUUCAGAACGCAUAUUUCCUUGGCUCGUCGUGAUCUGGGAUAAAUCAGACUACAUUUUUUCGACUCGUCCUUGCUGCUUUAUCUGCAUCUCGAUGCGUUCAGGGUCCGCGGCUUCCUCGAGCAGCUCAUGUCUGUGUGCAGUCCGCCUCGCUGCGCUCUCAAUAGAUGGUGCAAGUCAAAAUGUCCAAAUCGCCCGUAGACCCUCUGUCUGCCGUGGAGACCGGCUCGCAGUCGCACUAUUUCCAGCUGCCCAGGAAGCUGCCUAAACGCAAAAGUCGCUUUAAACGUUCUGAUGGCAGCACCUCUAGCGACACGACAUCCAGUUUCAUCAAACGUCAGGGGUCGGCUGAUUCGUACACCAGUAGACCGUCGGAUUCAGACCUGUCAGCCGAGGAGGACCGCGAGGCGUAUCGGCGUGAAGCCGAGCGCCAGGCACAACUGCAGCUCGACAGAGCAAAGUCCAAACCUGUAGCUUUUGCUGUGAAGACCAAUGUGAGCUACUGUGGCGCUCUGGAUGAGGACUGUCCUGUCCAGGGAGCUGCGGUCAACUUUGAUGCCAAAGACUUCCUGCACAUUAAAGAAAAGUACAACAAUGACUGGUGGAUCGGGAGGCUGGUUAAAGAGGGUGCCGACAUCACCUUCAUCCCCAGUCCACUGCGACUCGAGGCGAUGCGACUGAAGCAGGAGCAGAAGCAGAGGAAAACUGGAGGAAAUUCCUCCAGUCUGGGAGACAUGGUGACUGGCAACUGGAGGACGACGCCGCCAUCGGCUGGAGAAUCCAAACAGAAGCAGAAACAGGAACAUGUCCCUCCCUAUGACGUGGUUCCCUCUAUGAGGCCGGUAGUGCUGGUGGGACCAUCACUGAAGGGCUAUGAGGUGACAGACAUGAUGCAGAAAGCUCUUUUCGAUUUCCUGAAGCACAGAUUUGAAGGAAGAAUCUCGAUCACGCGUGUCACAGCGGACUUGUCCUUGGCUAAAAGAUCCGUCCUCAACAAGAGACCAAUCAUGGAGAGAUCCAACGCUCGCUCCAGUCUCGCGGAAGUCCAGAGUGAGAUCGAGAGGAUAUUCGAACUCGCCAAAACCUUGCAGUUGGUGGUUCUGGACGCAGACACCAUCAAUCAUCCCGCUCAGCUCGCCAAAACCUCCCUGGCCCCCAUCGUUGUCUACGUGAAGGUUUCCUCACCAAAGGUGCUCCAGAGGCUGAUCAAAUCCAGGGGCAAGUCUCAGAGCAAGCACCUGAACGUGCAGAUGAUGGCUGCAGACAAACUCUCUCAGUGUCCCCCGGAUAUGUUUGAUGUCAUUUUGGAUGAAAACCAGCUGGAAGAUGCGUGCGAGCAUUUGUCAGAAUACCUGGAGGUGUACUGGCGGGCCACUCAUCUCCCCGGCACCACGCCUCUGAAUCCUUUACUGGAUCAGAACCUGAUGACCCCACCUUCCGCCCUCUCCAGCCUGCAGAACCAGAACAAGAACCAGCAGCCUUGUGAGGAGGUAGGCUUGGAGGGGGAUGAGGAGGAGGAGGAAGAGGAGGAGGGAGGCGAAGAGGCCCACUCUCCUUUGGAGCAGGACAGUCUGAUGCCGUCGGACGAGGCCAGCGACUCUCUGUCCCGAGGUCGGAGGGGAAGCCCGGGCCAGCGCAGCGCCCAGGAAGACGAAGAAGAGGAAGAGGAGGAUGAGUACACCUCCCCGUGUCACACUCGGACGUACAGAGACAUCUACCCACCUCACCGCGGGCAGGUCAGCGGCGCACACAGCACCAACGGACACGAGUCGCAGAACCGGCUGCUCCAGCGUGAAGCCCAGCAAGGUCACAACCAGAGGAACAACCGGCAGCGCAGCCGCCCUUGGCCCCGAGACACCUACUGAGAAAGCCCCUCACAUGACAGACGUCACACCCAAACAGAUGCCCAGCUCAAAUCCGCAGCUCUAUUUUUAGAGAACACUUGAGCUGGUCGACAGGGCUGCUCCUCCGAUACAAGCUGACAAACUUCAGCUGCUCCUUCAGUGUCUCAUACUGGCCUUAAACUUCCUCCCAGUUUCUACUCUCUGCAUGCACCACUCUAAUUAUUUCUAUUUGCACAUUAACGUCAGAACAGGAAGUGAAUGAUAUUUAAUGUAGGAAUGUCAACUGCAGAAUCCAUUUUUUUUCUUCGUGAUGCGUUUAAAUUAGAUGUACAUAUUGACUGGGCAUCUGAUUCAGUUGCUUGUUUAUUUAUGGGUUUCCUGUUUCAGAGAAAUGUGCAAAUAUGUUUUACCCCAGAAGAUAUGGAAGACACACUCACCGUUCCUCCGACUGAGCCACCACGCGGUCACAGUGUGAAGCUGCAGUACAGUGUCAGUGUCCGUCCUCGUCUUUGCCGUUGCACUAUCACACCUUCUAAAGGGCACACUCCGAAUGUAAAUACACUCAGAAAGGGAAUGUGAAACUUCCAGGAUAUAUAGACUGUUUGUUUACACCGUCACUUAACUCAAGCACACGCUGCCGGCUGCAGCUCCUUUCCACACCUGCAAAGAAUGUAAGCUUGCAUGCCUUUGCACCUCCUGCACCACCCUGGUGUCUCCACCCUCCCGUGAUUCGAUUGUAGCACGUUACUGAUUGUAGCAUCCAUUGGAUCCGACUCCCCUCCCCUCGACACAUUUUGUUGAUGUACUGCAGUUUUACAGCCGCAGCUGCGAUUGAUACUCGAGCGAGGUCGACACCGUUGUCAUUCUAAACGUGCUGCUGAAGGAGUCGCUGUUGUAGCACCUGCCGAAGUUCUUCUGUUUCUGCGUCAUUGAUAUGGGAGCCAACAACAGCUGCUUCCACACGUCAUUUCUCAUUAUCAAGGAUGCAUCCUGCACUCUUCAAGUCAAGCUCAGUUCAUUCAGUCUUAACCGAGAAGGCUCCACCUAACAUGAGCUACCCAGAAAGAUAUGUAUUUUAAUGCACCAGUCAGUCAAAGAGGUCAAAUUUGAUUCUCGAGUGGCAAGAUAUGGUUCCAAAGGAUGUAUCCUUGCUGUCAAGACAGAUCUGGUACACAGUGUCCGUGUCACACAGGUUGCUCUAUCUAGUGUUCUGUAUAGUUUAAAGACGAAAAAUAAAACAGCAUGAUUUAAAAAAAAAAAAGAAAAAAAACUAUGCAAGUGUUGCAUGAAUUGAUUGUUUCUUUUGAUGUAUUUUCGCAUUGACCUGGUUCUUCUCGUCUUUUAGUGAUUGCCUCCCCUGCUGGACGAUUGACACCCCACCUAGUUAUGGGAUUAUUUUUCAAACCGAUCGCGGUGACUCCUGAUGAUGAAUCUCAUUUGUUGGGAAACAUGAGAGCCCUGCAUGUUUCAGUUCAGGUUUUCUUAACUUUUAUUGACACGUCGGGGGCUCGUGCACAAGUCACUCAUUCAAAGAUUAUUUGUAAGAAGGGUAUGUUUGCAAAAACACGAAUUUGAAUCGGAAUAAAUGUCAUUAUUUCUGUCACAGCUUGUGAUUGAUGAUUGUCUGCAAUUUGGCAAUGUUAACAAAACCUUCAAACCCACUAUAUCUAGUUUGUAGCUCAUCUUGCGCUUUACUUUACAUUUUUAUUUUUAAAAAAAUGGACCAAUUAACACAAAUGAGAACAGUUUCCUCUGAAGCACAAUUUUUACAAGAGUGAUUAUUGAUUUCUUCUCUUAUUCUGGAUGCAAUAUGAAGCUUCAUGUUAAAAAAAAAAUGUGAACGCCUUAGACCAUCUGGACUUCCUAUUUUGUGUGAGUUAAAAAAAUAUAUUGCACUAGUUAUUUUUGGGAUGAUUGCUUUGUAAUGCAAUAACUGCACUAAAUAUAACCAUCAGUUGGAUUACCACACGGGGCCGGCAACACGCCACUCCCUGGAUUUAUCAAACAUGUGCAAAGUGAGACAUUCCCUGCCUGAUGCUGUAAAGAAUGCUUUCUAUUUGGAAAUAGAUUUACAAAUUAAAAAAGAUGAGUAAGAAAAUAAACAUGACAU